AUGCUGAUUCACUUAGAUGCAGUAGUGCUUCAAGGCCAGCCAACCAAUGGGCCUCCACCCGAGACCACCGUCUAUCUGAGUAACGUUAUCGCACCUCGACUUGGCAAACGUCCUACUGAGACAACGGCAGCUACAGAUUCACGUGAAUUUCUUCGCAAAAAACUGGUCGGACAUGUAGUCACUUUUGUGAAGGAAUACACGGCUGCUUCUGGACGAGACCAUGGAAAAAUCUACCUCGGAGGCACUAACCUGAUAAUGCUGAAAAUAUCACGGAGACAGGAGUGUCAGAAGGCUGGCUUGAGGUCAGACCGGAAAAAUAGCCGAGUAAGUGGAGUUCCUAGCAGGAACACUUUAUGUGAAAGAAUUUUCUUUUCCAACUCAUCUGAAAGAACGUAUGUUACUGUUGAUUACAUACAGCCGAAGUCCGAACAGUUCCCUGAGAAAACUUGUUGUACUGUGAAAGUCGGUGAACUCAAUAUUGCUGAAGCACUUAUCCUCAAGGGACUUAGCAAAGUUGUGCGACAUCGAUCUGAUGACGAGAACAGGUCCUCAGAGUAUGAUGCUUUACUCGCCGCGGAAGCUAAUGCGGAGAAAAGCAAAAAGGGAUUGUUUGCUGACAAAACUGCUGGCAAGAAGGAUACUCUCCGGAUUCAAGAGUUGCAGGGAGAUAUCGCACGGAGUAAACAGUUCCUCCCAUAUUUGCAAAGAAGUACAAGAGCGGAGGGUGUGGUAGAGUUCAUUGCCAGUGGCUCAAGACUCAGAAUUUACAUCCCUAAGGAAACAGUCGUUAUCACAUUCCUUCUUGGAGGCAUUAGCUGUCCCAAG